AUACCCUCAGAAGUCUUAUAUAUGGUAGCGUUGCAACGAAUUGAACCAUAGCUUCAAAAGAAUACGGUUAGUAAAAGUCGUGGAACUUAGCAAAAGACGUGCAAGACCGUUUUUUAAAAACGGCCUACAAGAAAAGAUAGAAAUAUUGUUCCUUCUAAACAGGCCAUAUGACUAUCACUAAAUGAGUUCAACGGAACAACAAAUCAAAUAUAGUGAAGUAAGUCCUUUUGAAAUUGAUAACGGACGUAGAAGCAGAAUGGAACCAGUUAAAAAAUCACGAAUUUAUUUGGCUGCUGUUUGCGCCAAUUUAUCUAGUUUUGCAAUUGGAACAUGUCUUGGAUGGACAUCGCCAAUUAUGCCAAAACUACAACAGGCAACAUCAGAUAGUCCUUUGUCGGAGAAGAUUACUCAAGAAGAAGAAGCUUGGAUCUCAUCUUUAAUUGCAAUUGGUGCCUUAGUUACUCCUUUUGUUGCGGGACCCUUGGCUGACAUGGUUGGACGAAAAUGGACAAUGAUCUCCAGUUCGGUUUUCUUUGUACUAGCUUAUGUACUUAUGAUGAUUGGUGGAAACGUCGGAAUGAUCUAUGCAGCCCGUUUAAUUCAGGGUUUUGGAGUUGGUUUCAUUAUGACAGUUCAACCAAUGUACGUUGGUGAGAUUGCAACAGAUGAUUCACGUGGUGCGCUAGGAUCUUUCAUGCAGCUCUUCAUUGUCGCUGGAAUUCUCUAUGCGUACGCCAUUGGUCCAUAUGUCAGCUACAUGGCCUUGCAGUGGUGUUGUUUGGUUAUUCCAAUCAUCUUUGCUGUGUGCUUCUUCUUCCUGCCAGAGAGUCCUUACUACUUCGCCGGCAAGGGCCAAAAGAGUAAUGCUGUGAGAGCCCUUCAAUUCCUUCGUGGCCAAAGUGCCGAGGGAGUUCAGGACGAAAUGACUUUGAUCCAAACAACCGUAGACGAAUCAAUUGCUAAUAAGGGAUCAGUAGCAGACGUUGUCAAGAACAAGGGUAACAGGAAGGCUCUGUUGAUUUGUGCUGGUUUGAUCUCCUUCCAACAAUUGUCCGGUAUCAACGUCGUCCUGUUCAACAGUCAGACAAUCUUCAUCAAAGCCAACACUGGUCUGGAUCCUGCAAUUGCAACCAUUAUCGUUGGAUGUGUUCAAGUGGGAUCGAGUGGUCUGACACCUCUCAUCGCUGAUCGAUUGGGACGUAAGAUCAUUCUGUUGGUUUCGGCUGGAGUCAUGUGUAUUUCGCUAGCCGCGUUGGGUGCCUUCUUUUACGUUCAAAUUAAUGGUGAUCCAUCGGGCAUUCUAUGGCUGCCAGUUCCAGCUUUGAUUGUCUUCAAUAUCGUCUACUGUGUCGGUUUCGGUCCAUUGCCAUGGGCUGUGCUGGGUGAAAUGUUCCCAGCCAAUGUUAAGUCCACUGCCUCAUCUAUUGUUGCAUCAACUUGCUGGAUCUUUGGAUUCAUUAUCACUCGAUGGUAUCCAGCUCUCGAUGCACUUGGAUCCUACUAUGCCUUCUGGUUGUUUGGUAUUUUCUGCGGAGUAGCAUUCUUCUUUGUGCUGUUUAUUGUAAUGGAAACCAAGGGAAUGAGUCUUCAACAAAUUCAAGACAAACUCAAUGGAAAAUAAUUAUACCAACAAAUAAUUCCAUUUAUAGGUUGAAUUUUAGUUAUUUAAUGUGUUUGAUUUCUUUUGUUCUUAAAUUUUAUAAGAAUAUUAUUGUAUUUUUGUUUGCUAUAAUUUGUUUAUAGCUGAUUGUGGUUAUUUGUUCAUAAAUUAAAAUUUUGCGCAAAGUUUUGAUAGAUUUAAGAUUGAAUAAAGUUGCAUGCGAUUUUAGAUUCAAUUAAUUGAUUGAUGUUUUCAAAUAAAUGUGAUCGAAAAUGA